UUUUUAUUGGAGCUGCUUUACUUUGUAAAAAACAUUUAAAAAUAUUUUUAUUUUAUUUGUUUGGACAGAAAAAUGACYUCAUCUGUAAAAUAAUCUUCUCUCCGUCCCAGAUGUCUGACUCCAGGGUGUCCUCUGUCAUCCAGGAGUGGGGGUCCUCGUACCCGGGUCAGGCCCACGGUCAGGUUCUGGGCUCGUCCAAUCAGGCGGCGCCGGCGGCUCCCAUGUCUCCGCUGGACAUGAUGUCCUACAGUCCCUGUCAGGACCGGCAGCAGAUGAUGGGCCUGCCGUACCUGUCCUACACCACGUCCUGCCUCAGCAACACGUCCAGCUCCGGGGGACAGAACCAUCAUCAGACCACCUCUCAGCAGGACUUCUCCCCCUUCCUGCUGCCGUCCCUGCGGGCCCCGGUGGCCAAGAGGACCAUCAGCAAGGACAGCGCCGAGUACCGUCUGAGGCGGGAGAGGAACAACAUCGCCGUGAGGAAGAGCCGGGACAAGGCCCGGCGCCGGGUCCUGCUGACCCAGCAGAGGGCCCUGCAGCUGCAGGAGGAGAACCAGAAGCUGCAGGUCAAGGUGGGACAGCUGAGCCAGGAGCUGGACACCCUGAGACACAUCCUGUCCCAGAGACACCUGCCGGGCUCCGACGAGCCGGGCCUCUGAGGUCCACCGGGACCAGGACUCCGGGGCUCGUUAGGCUCUGGGAUUGAGGAAGCAGAACCGGACUUGGUGUUAGUUGUUGCAACAGAUGUUUAAAAAAAAAGCAGAAGCAAGCGGUGGUUUUCUGAAGAGACAGAUUUGAUUAAGCUCCGCCCCCUGAGAGGCGAGAAGGUGUCUGUUAGCAAAAUAUCUCAGGAGCUGCUGAGCCGAGUUUCAAGAUGGCCGCCGCUAAUUAAUACGGGUACUCAGCUAAAAUUCAGCUUGGUAGU